GCUGGGCAUGGCCCCCGGCCUGGGCCGGCCCCUGGAGCCCUGCCCGGGGCCCUGCCGCUGCCGCGGGCGCCGGCUGGACUGCAGCCGCGCUGCCCUGGCCAGCGUGCCCCCGGCCACCCACCGACGGCCCUUCUCCGUGCUGGAUUUCACUGGGAACGCGCUCACUCUCAUCUCCCCGCAGGCGUGGAAGGGAUACCCGUGGGCUGAGAAGCUAGUCCUCCAGGACAACAGCCUGCAGGCAGUGAAGAGGCGCUCGCUGGAGGGGCUGCUCCUGCUGAGGCACCUGGAUUUAUCUUACAACAUAAUCCAGUCGAUCGAGGCGCGUGCUUUUGAGAACCUUCCUUUCUUGGAGACAAUAAACCUGGAGGGAAAUCUCAUCACCGAUAUCCGGAACGACACCUUCCGGGCAUGGCAUGGGAUGCAAUUCCUCCAGACACUGAUCCUGAGCCGUAACCCACUGUCCAUUAUCGAGGACACAUGGUUCUUCAAGCUGCCUUCAGUCACCCAUCUGGACCUGAGUGCCACACGAGUGACUCGGCAGACACUGCUCAUGCUGCUGCUGAGAACAUCCCGCUUGGAAACACUCAAGCUGUCCAACGACACAGCCUGCUGCCUCUGCCAGCACAAGCACAGCACCGAGACCCCGUGCAGGACCCUCAGCUUCAACUGCGCGAGCGUGUGCAGCACCAGCGCUCCCCGCUGCGCUCCUCUGGCAGAGACACCAGGACACCUAACGGGACCGGUGGCACUCAGGAAGGGGAGCAGCAGCUCCGUGUUGAAGGUCCAGCCCAAGGAACCUUUGCUCAGGGAGCAGAGAACCAUCACGCUCGCGGUUGUCCUGAGCCUGACCAGCCCUGAUGCGUCGGCACCUUCCCCUCAGCAGCUCUCGAGGCAGGAGGGCAACACUGCCAAGGAGCUGAUGCUGAUGCUGCAGAACCUUCAGCACAGGGGCUGGAGCAGCUCCAUUGACACCAGGAGGUUCUAUUUUCUGGCAGAGGGGCUUGUGGCACAGCUGAAGAACAAGCUGCACAAGGCCAUGAGCACCCUGACUGUGAAAAGCCCCAGCACAGCCCGGCCACUGCAGAGGGAUGAGGGGCAGGAGGUGCCAGCAGGAGAGGGAGGAAGAGGCACAGGCUGGGAACAGCGUGAGCCUCUCUUGGACUUGACCCGGGCAGAAUCCACCCUUUUGGAAGCGGCCCGGAGGCUGAACAUCAGCGACAUCCUGCCCGUGUCCAGCCACCAGAGAGCACCCACCGCUCCUGCGGCACAGCCCCCUGCACAGUACCCAGCAGAGGGCCCGCAUCUGGCCCGGUCGGGCGAGAGCCAAGAUGACUCCGCUGCCGUCGAACAGACCAACGUGGCUGACAGAAUGGAGGACGAGGAGGGUGCAGAAGACCAGGAGGAAGCACCAGCUCCAACUCAGGGCUCUGCUGAGACCAACGAGGAGCAGGAGCAGCAGGACAUUGAUGGGACAGUGGGCAGUGAGGACGCAGAGGAAGACCCCACAGCAGCAGAGGGUGCAGCAGAGGAGAGAAUGAGCACAAUCCAGCGUUUCUUCUUUACUCUGCUGUCUAACAACAGCCCCCCUGCUGCCAGCAGCGCACCAGAGGACACAGCUGCAGCGGAGCGUUCCUCUGGGGGCGGGCACCCACUCACUGCCCCUGCAGGCACCACAACACAUGGGCAGCACCAGGACCAGGAACCCCCUGUCCCGACGGCACCGGGCAGCUCCAGCGCCCCGGGCGGUGCGGCCACGCGAGGAGCCACCUUCGACGCCCUGCUCAGCCGCCACCUGCACUUGCUGGUGCCAGACCGAGCCCUGCGCAGGUUCAUGGCACACGUGGCUCGAGCCCUGCGCGGGGACUGCGGCCUGCCCCAGCUCCAGCCAGCCUGCGCCAAGAUGGUCUCGAGGAUGGGGCUGCUCCUGAAGCUGCUCAGCGAGAGGCAGCGUGACCCAGAGCCCUCUGACCUCCUGGAGCAGUGUGUGCGGGAGGAGGACGCCGGCACCUCGCCUCCCCGUGCCCAGGUCCAGGCCAGAGAGAUGGGCAGCGAGUUGGCAGAGACGGAAAUGGCCAAGCACGCCUCUGGCCACAGGCUCCUGCUGGCACUCUCACUGUCCUUCCUCAUCUUGUGUGUUAUUGUCCUGGUGCUGUGCUGCUUCAAGGUUUGCGCCAGGAAAGGUGCCGAGGAUUCGCAAGGCAGCAGCGGCUGUGGCUUGAAGAGGUAACUCCUGCCUG